CAAAACAGUCGUUCUGCUCCUGAAAGAAAAUGUUAUGGUUUCGUUGUCAUCGUUAUCUGAUGCGUUUUUAAAUUUAUUCUUUGGCCGAAAAGAGAUAAAUAUUUAGUGAUUCGCUAGUUGAAUGGUAUUCACAGGUGCUUGCUAGUGAUUUAGUUAGGGUUGAAGAAAAGUGCAUCUAUUUUGAAGUGUUGUGCCGGGAAGACUUUCAGCAACGAUGUCGUCCUUCACGGAGUCGGGUUUGGUAAAAAAGCUUAUGGAAUUGAAUCCGAGUCAGCAAAGCAUUCAAACUCUUUCACUUUGGCUGAUCCAUCACCGAAAACACCACUCAAUUAUUGUUAAAACUUGGAUUAAGGAAUUGCAGAAAGCUCCGACAUCUAAGAAACUCACUUUUAUGUAUCUGGCCAAUGACGUGAUCCAAAACAGCAAAAAGAAGGGUCCCGAGUUCGGAAAGGAAUUCGAACAUGUUCUGCUAAAAGCGUUCAAGCUGAUUGCCCAAUCUGGACCGGAGGAGAAAACUAUUCAUAAUUUGAAUCGUAUUUUGAACAUCUGGGGUGAGCGAGGUGUCUACGAAGAGGUCAAAAUUAAAGAUUUUUCUGGUGCACUGAACCAAAGAGAAAAGAGUCCCGCCGCUGUCAAAGUGGUAGAAGAAACAAAAAAGCGAAAGACCGAUGAUGGACACGAGACCGGUCACGGCCACAAGAAAAGCAAAUCGUCAGACAAAAGCCAUAGCAGCUCGGAUAAGAAAGCCAAAAGUGAAACCAUUGAGGUGAAUGGUACGGUUGAGACUCACGUGACUCUCAGUCCUCAUCAGCCGGAAGGAGAUCCUCCCGAGCCGGAAGAGCUGGUAAAAGUGCUGCAGGAUUUGGAAAAUUCUGCAUCGAGCGAUGCCGUAGUUCGCGAGAGGAUUGCCAACUUGCCACCGGAAGUUUCGGAAUUGUCGGCGCUGGCCAAGCUAGAAGACAAGGAAGCAGCAAAUCGAUUGGCUUUGAAAGUCAAUGAUGCCAUAAAAAUCCUCAAUGACUACAACGUGCGGCUCGCUUCCGAAAUGGACGAUCGUAAAAAGUUAACCACAAUGCUUAAAGAUUUCCAACGCGAACAGCAGGAACUUUUGGCUCAAGCUGAACAGCGAUUACAGGAGUACCAGUCGAAGCUCUCGAAAAUCAAGGAGGUCCAACGGGAAGUUCGCAGUCAUAUGAAUAAUUUGCCCGAUCUCACAACGCUACCGGACGUAACUGGAGGAUUGGCCCCGUUGCCGUCGGCUGGCGACUUGUUCAACAUUCAUCAUCACUAAGAAUCGUUCCCGAGCAAGAGAAAAAAAUGACUUUUUCCACAAUGUACAAUUGGUGCAGCGUGUUCAAGAUUUCUACGAAAUUUUGUCGGAAUGCUUUAGUUCUUCGUCGUAUGUAAAUGUUGUUUUCGCCAACUGACACCUUUUUCGGGAGUUUCAGUCCAAUUUAUUGACUUUCAUCUAGUAUGUAAAUGUAUAGAAUUGUACAUUGCGUAAGAGAAUAACGACAAAUUGUAGCAUUUCACAUGUUGGUUAACAAAGCACACAACACAAAUGAAAUUGUAUAGCAAGUGUUUUGCGCUAGAUGAUAUGAGAUGCAAAACCAAACCGUAGUCGAUAGUUUUAUCUAGACGCAAUAAAUCUAAAGUGUGUUGUAAUCGCAGCAAAACAAA